CGAUGAUGUACUACGACUACCGUUUUGGUACUUUAUUUCUCCAGUUAUUGCCCUAAGAAAGCUCCAAUUGUACUGCUAGAAGCAGAAGAACAACAAGCUAAGAAAGCUCCAAUUACAACUAGAAGUGGAUGUAUGAAGUCGUGUCAAAAACAAGGACCACAAGGAGUAGUACCUAGUAGUAGAAGUCUUUUUAUAUCUCCUUCUCCUUCGCUACUACCAGGACCACGAGGAAGUAGAAAUCCACCACUUGUUCUGGCGGAAGGUGCUUUUGUAUAUGGCAUGACAAAUAGGCGUUCUUCUCGACGACGGCUGGCCAGGUGGACCUCACAACGAGGAUCAUCACGACCGGCGUCACUGUCGAAGACCGCAAAGUUGUUGCUUCACCUCCCUCGCUCAGCGUCUUGUCGAAGACGAUCCAGGCUCUUUGUGGAUGGCUGAAGCAAACUCUACGCAAACCGCAUGUGCAAUGCUAGAAGAAGCUGACACUUUUUUAUGGGAGCGAUGUCAUGUGGAUUAAUGAUAUUCGGACACAGUCCACAACACGUCACUUAUUUCUUCGUAACGCAGUAACUUCUUCAACCUCCUGAAGUCUGAUUUUUUCGUUCAUCAUCGAUAUCGUUGAGGGUUUUCGGAGUAGA